CCCUACGUCAUUAAUGUGCGCCUCGUAUUUACAGAUUGCCGUGAUAAAAAUUAAUCUGUUUUCAAAUAUCAGCUGUUUUUAUUCUUAAAAACGGAAUUAUUAAUUUAGAUGAUAACACAUCCUCAUCCGAGGGACAAGCAUAGAGUAAAUAAGACGAUCACUGUCACUGUCGAGAAACUCUGCAUUUUUUCUGGACGCAUGUUGUGAUGUAUUUCGCGGAUGUUGUCUCAAUGUUGAUGUGAUUACGAAGAUGUGAACCAAAAAGUUGCCAGAGGUCAGAGUCAUCUGUACAACCGUUCACUGGAGAGUGACAUUGUGGCGCAACAUGGCAUUUGCGAGCAUUGUAAUGUGAGAGUUUUAAAAAGAAAUGGAUGAGGAAGAUCUGGAGAAGAUUGGUGAGCAGCUGUACAAUCUGAUUCACCCCAAACACAAAGACAAUGCUGGAAAACUCACAGGCAUGUUGCUGGAGCUGCCAGGUCCUGUCCUGGGUCAGAUGCUGCAGGACGAGGCCACGCUCACCGCAGCCGUGGAGAAAGCACUCAGAGCCCUGCAGCUGGCACAGGAGCCCAGCAAGGUAUCAUGCAAGGACGAGGAUGACGCGUCGGUGUCCUCCGACUCCCUGGGCGAGCAGCUGUUUGAGCUGGUGGAAGUUUACAACACAGGACACUCACAGAAAAUCACAGGAAUGCUUCUGGAGCAGCACAAAGAUGCCGUUUUAAACCUUCUCUCAGAUCCAAAACUGCUGGAAGAGCAGGUGAACUUCGCCAUGAAGACGCUUAAAGAGCAGAGUGUGGAGGAGACGGACGCCAGCGACUCGUCGGACGCCGACGACAAAGAGAGGCUGGGAGAGAAGAUCUUCUCACUGGUGGAGGCGUUAGAUCCCCUUCAUGCAAAUGAUAUCACAGGUAUGCUACUGGAGAUGGACCCAGCCGCUCUCAAACAGCUGCUCAGCGACCGCACAAUGCUGGAGGUUGCUGUUCAGAAAGCACAAUCGGCCCUGGAUACGUAGAAUCGAACUCUCUCCGCUUGAACAAGAAGAGGAAAACAACAUUUUACACGCAGGAAAACACACUAAAAAUAAAUAACUUUGAUGAUCUCAGAUAAUAUAAAGUGGAAAGAGCUGACAUAUCACUACAGGAGAUCAUGAUAAUUCAAGUUAUGUUUUACAUAACCAUCUAUUUUUUUUUUUUGUUUUGUACUGAUCGUUGAGUGAACUGUGGACAAUCUGAGUUUGACUGGACCUACUGACAAUAGAGGAGUUUAGCAAACCUCGCUGAAAUGACCAGAUGUUGUCCUUUUCUAAUACGGGUGCUCACUUUGCUUGAUAAAUGGACUAAACAUAAGUGCCGCUGUUUUAUCAAAACAUACUCAACCAUCAGUAUUGUUCCUGCUUCCACCCCAAGGCAUCAGAAUCAUUGUAGCUUGAUGAAAAUGUUUACAGAUUGUCGGUCGACAGAAGUGUUGAUUUAAACGCCAACAGUCCUGCUGUUAUGAUCUUGUUAUUGUGCUGUACUCAUAGUGAUGUAACAGUAAGUUGGUUAAAUGUCUUUGCUAACAGAAAAUACAGAUGAUUAUACAUAAACCAAGGCUCGA